CUGGCGCAGAAGAAAUGCGCCACCCUUAUAAGAAAUGCACCACCCUCGCCAUAUAUUUUUUUUUAGGGGCGUGUACGUUUUUUUCGUGCGUUCAAAUGAAAAAAUUAGGGUGCUCAACAGCACGAUCCUUAUAAAAUGGUCAGCUGUGCCACCUUUUUGGGAAGCUCCAUUCUGCAUUUCCCAUCAUAGUACUAUUUUAUCAUCCUUACUCCUCCCUCCAAAUCUCUUUUGGAUUAUCUGUCUUGUCCUUUUGUCAGACUUUCUUCUUUUCUUACUUACCAAUUUCUAUUAAGGGCACUUGAAUGGAGCUGAAAAAUCAUACCUGCAAGUAAAGAUACCUUUCGGUUGACUACAGAAAUUAGUUGGCUUUGGCCUUGAUCACAGUUUAUGUACUUUGCCCGGUUGUGGGAUUCACCAAAACUGUGGUAUAUUGUGGUGUCUCAGUUGGAUAACUAGAAAGGCUUUGUUUGGGUUCAUGGAAUUUCAUGGGUUGACUUGAUUUGACAUCACUUCACGUUUGAAAGAUUGGACUUUUAAGACUCGGAUUUUCUGGGCAUUCCUUGAAGAUGUAUGUGGUGGAAAGCAAAGGAGGGGCCAUAGUAUGCAUGCUUCUGGCUCUUUUUUUCUUGGGAACAUGGCCUGCCAUUAUAACUAUGUUAGAAAGGCGAGGUCGUCUUCCUCAACACACUUACCUUGAUUACACAAUCACUAAUCUAUUGGCUGCUGUCAUCAUAGCCUUUACUUUUGGUGAAAUUGGGAAAGGAACCAGCGCAAAGCCUAACUUCCUUGAGCAGUUAUCACAAGACAAUUGGCCUAGUGUUAUGUUUGCAAUGGCUGGAGGAAUAGUUCUCAGUCUUGGGAAUCUGGCAACUCAGUAUGCCUGGGCUUAUGUUGGUUUAUCAGUGACAGAGGUGAUUUGUUCGAGCGUGACUGUUGUUAUAGGCACAACACUCAAUUACUUUUUAGAUGACAAAAUCAACAAGGCCGAAAUACUUUUUCCUGGUGUUGGAUGCUUCUUAAUUGCUGUUUGUUUUGGCUCUGUCGUCCAUUCAUCAAAUGCAGCCGAUAACAAAUCAAAACUUAAUGGUUAUUCAACUAAUUAUGGAAAAGAGAAAGAGUUGAAGAGUAUUUCUGUGUCUAAACAAGCAUCUUCAGAUGAUGCACUAGUUGACAGCAAAGAUCUGGAGAAUGGGAAUGGCUCUUUGGAGAAAGCAUCUUUUGGGACUGCACAUUUUCUGAUUGAGCUUGAAAACAAAAGGUCUAUAAAGGUGUUUGGAAAGAGCACAUUUCUGGGAUUGGGAAUAACUUUCUUUGCUGGUUUUUGCUUCUCACUCUUCUCACCAGCCUUCAACCUGGCUACAAAUGAUCAGUGGCACACCCUUAAAGAAGGAGUUCCUCAUUUGAGUGUAUACAUAGCAUUUUUUUACUUCUCAGUCUCGUGCUUUGUCGUUGCAAUCAUUUUAAACAUAAGCUUCCUUUUUUGCCCUGUGCUGAACACAUCCAAGUCAUCGUUCAAAGCCUACCUAUCAGACUGGAAUGGCAGAGGUUGGGCCUUAUUGGCAGGACUUCUGUGCGGAUUUGGGAACGGUCUGCAGUUCAUGGGAGGCCAAGCAGCUGGAUAUGCAGCAGCAGAUGCUGUUCAGGCACUUCCGCUCGAUUUUCUGGGCAUUUUCUUUGACAGAAGCAUCUCCAGGAAAAAGGGAUUCCUGCCCAGUUGGGGUCUAUUGAAGAUGUAUGUGGUGGAAAGCAAAGGAGGGGCCAUAGCUUGUAUGCUUUUAGCUCUGUUGCUCUUGGGGACAUGGCCAGCCAUUGUGACUCUGUUAGAAAGGAGAGGUCGUCUUCCUCAGCACACUUAUCUUGACUACACAAUCACUAAUUUUCUGGCUGCUGUUAUCAUAGCUUUUACUUUUGGAGAGAUUGGAAAAGGCACCACUGGAAAGCCUGAUUUCCUUGAGCAAAUAUCCCAGGAUAAUUGGCCCAGUAUUAUGUUUGCAAUGGCUGGCGGUGUAUUUCUGAGUCUUGGAAAUCUUUCAACUCAAUAUGCCUGGGCUUAUGUUAGUCUAUCAGUGGCUGUUGUGAUCUGUUGCAGCAUGGUUGUCGUCAUAGGCACAACCCUGAAUUACUUUCUAGAUGACAGAAUCAACAAGGCGGAAAUACUGUUUCCCGGCGUUGGAUGCUUCUUGAUUGCUAUUUGUUUAGCUUCUGUUCUCCAUUCGUUAAAUGAAGCAGAUAACAAAGCAAAGCUUAAUAGUUAUUCAACCACUAAACGCAAAAAUGGGGAAGAGUUGAAGAGUAUCUCUUUGUCUAAACAGGCAUCUUCAAAUGAUGCACUAGUUGGUAAUGAUGAUCUGGAGAAUGGGAAUAGCAAUCCGGAAAAGGCGGCCUUUGGGACUGCGCAAUUCCUUAUCCAACUAGAACACAAAAGGUCUAUCAAGGCGUUUGGAAAGAGCGCGUUUUUGGGAUUGGGAAUAACGUUCUUUGCUGGACUCAGCUUUUCCCUCUUCUCACCAGCCUUCAAUCUGGCUACAAAUGAUCAAUGGCACACUCUAAAAGAAGGGGUUCCUCACUUAAGUGUUUACACUGCAUUCUUUUACUUCUCACUCUCCUGCUUUGCCCUUGCACUCAUUUUGAACAUCACUUUCCUCUUCCGCCCGAUACUCAACACUUCAAAGUCCUCAUUUAAAGCCUACCUAUCAGACUGGAAUGGCAGGGGUUUGGCAUUAUUGGCAGGACUUCUGUGCGGAUUCGGGAAUGGUCUACAGUUCAUAGGAGGCCAAGCAGCAGGAUAUGCUGCAGCAGAUGCCGUGCAGGCUCUUCCACUUGUGAGUACUUUCUGGGGUAUAGUUUUAUUUGGUGAAUACAGAAGAUCGUCAAUGAGAACAUAUUUGGCUCUUGGGGCAAUGCUGUUUAUGUUCAUUGUGGCUGUUGCCGUCCUCAUUGCCUCUGCAGGGCAUCGGAAAUCGUAG